GCGAGUUGCAUAACCUCGGCAGCAGAUGGCGACUGCCAUUGAGAGUUGAGAGGAAGAAGGAAAGGAAAACAAUAAUUUCGGUACAAAUUUGAUUAUAUUUCGCCUGGAUUACGUAAAUAAACACUAAACAAGAGGCUGUUAACACAACAGAAAUCAUUCAAAGGCUGCCGCCUUUAGAAAACCAUGUCUGCUGCCCAACAGUUCUGCUUGAGGUGGAAUAAUCAUCAGCCCAACUUUGUCACCGUCUUUAGUUCCUUGUUGCACAGUCAGGUCCUCACCGACGUCACCCUUGCUGCCGAUGGACAGCAAAUAGAAGCUCACAAACUUGUGCUUUCCGCCUGCAGUACUUACUUUCAAGCUCUUUUUACUUCGUACAGUGGUCAUCAGCACCCCAUUGUGAUCCUUAAAGAUGUCACUUUUCGAGAUCUUCGGACUAUGGUAGACUUCAUGUACUCCGGAGAAGUGCAUGUAACACAGGAACAAUUACCUUCCAUCAUAAAGACGGCUGAGAUGUUGAAAGUGAAAGGCUUAGCAGAGGGACAAGAUAUGUCGCACGUUGAAAAAUCACAGCUUUCAACUGAGUCAUCAAGGUUGUCUUGUGAGGCUCUUGGCGCCUCUACGGAAUCCCAUCAAACUUGGAGUUCUGAGAGGAGAAGUCCAUCACCAUCAAUUUCACCCUCCACUGCUUCUAGGAGAAAGCGAAUGCGGAAGUCCUCAACUGGCUCCACUUCUGGCUCAGGAGUUACAGAGAGGGUUUCUGAUGACCAAGCUGAUGUUGCAUAUCCCCAUCAUUCCCCACGAUUAGAGCAGCAAGGUUCUUCCCAGAUGAACCUUAGCACUGACAUGUCAGAGCGGAGUAUUAGAGAACAAACAAGCACUGACUCGGACAUUCAAAACUGCUCCCAAGACAGCGGAAAUGAACAAAUGCCUUUGUCCAUGGUUCAUCCUGGAGUUCAGCAGCAACAGCAUCAUGGACCAGGAAGAGGGGUAGUGGAAGAGGUUCCGAGUCCAUUGAUGGAGCCCAGCGUGGCUCAUCAUUAUUCCACUCUGAGCGCUUCAGCUGGGAAAGGUUCUUUGUCUCCGAAGCAAAAAAGAGGCCGUCUUCUGAUUCGUCAACCUCGACUAAAGAAAGAAACCGACCCGCUCAGUUUUGAGAGUGACCCCGAAGAUUCCAACUCUCCUCAGCCUUCAACCUCUCAGUACCUGCAAGUCCCCCAUCUCAGGGUGGAGCGGCAAGCUUCGGAGCCUUUGCCCUCAAAGUCACUUCUUCAAGUACCAUCCCCUUCUUUCCUUACCAAACAGCAUUCACAGCCGCUCCUGCCAAGUCAACAAACCAAGCCCUUGACCCCAAAAUCGUCCAUCCUUUUAAGGCAGGCCACCAUUAACGUGUCAAUCGAGGCCAGCACCAGCGCUCAGCCGCCCAAAGACCAAGUGCCAAUUCUGCGAGUUACCUCUGAGUCGUCCGAGUCACCCACUAGAAGCCUCAUUCGUCGAGAGCCAAUUAAGAGGGCCGUUUCAAACCCUGUCCAGUCCAUCUCUGACUCGGAGCGACUUGGACACUGUCCAUUGCUGAGACCAGGACCGGCUUUAGGAUGCAACUUCUGUUGGAACACAAUCGACCAAAAUAACAGAAUCCUCCGGAGAAAGACCAAGUACUACUGUCCAGAAUGCCAGACCAAUUUGUGUAUUGUACCCUGCUUUCAAGAAUAUCACCACAAAUUUGACCGUCAGACCACUACCACCUCACUGCGGUCAUCAACUUCGACUGUGCAGGUAUCGGCAGCGUCGGGAUCGUCUCCAGCAGCUGCCUCUUCCGAGGAGUUUGUGCUGUCACCUUAGAGACCAGCACAUACACAGUGGGCCAUUUUGAACCAGCAUAGCUUAUUUUGGUCAUUUUCAAAUUUCAAAGGAUAUUAAACAAAUAUUUUGCAAUACCUUUUUUGGAAUGGGGAUAAUUAUAAUGAAAGUCAAAUGGUUGCGAUUAAAUACAGGGUUUUAACUCUCUAUGUAAACUCUCUAAAAGACCUCAAUUUGAAUGAAAAAACUCUUGUGACUGAAACUUUACACUUCUUGUCUAGAUAUAUAUUAUAUUGCUUAUGUUUUUUUUUAUGCGCGAAUGGAUGGGUGUAGGGACUGUCAUAGGAGUCACAUGAUUUAAAUUUUAAAACCCUAAUAAGUAACCACUGUGAUAGAAACUGGAGAUCAGUCUGUUAUUUAAAUUUUCCAAUGUAUUCAUGGAUCUACGAUGUAAUUUUGUCUGAUGAUAUGAACGAAAGUAUAAAUAACAAAAUUUUUGUGUUCUUACAACAAACGCGCUCUGAGAAGGAACAAAAAAGCAUGAUUCCUUUUACCAGUUCUUAUUUCAAAAAGUAUUGAUCUCAUAAUAUUACAGCACCCUCGAGUACCCUUUAACGACAUACUUUUAAACUAACUUUCAAGAUGGAGAUAAUAUAAUUUCUCUUAAUUGAGAAAUAUCUAUAAUAUGUUUUGAGAAAUUACUACGAAUAAACGGGAACCAUUACAAUUUUCUGUUAAUAUAAUAUCUCAUCAAGACAAAAAUGGAAUACAAAAAAAAUGCUUUACGAGUUCAUGGAUUCAUACAAAAAUUAUUUAUCUCAAAACAGAUUCAUCAAUUCUCUGUAUAAUAAGCACCACAUAAAAAGAAAGUCUUAUUGGAGGAAAGUCCAAAAUUAAACAUAUAUUUAAAUAAAAUAAUAUAUUAUAUAUUGAUGUCAAGAAACUGCUAUUUUAAAAUCCUCAAACUACUCUUCUUGAUGAGUUAAAUAAUGUAAAAUAACAUUUUAUAAUGCAUUUUUCAUGAACUUCAUCAUUGUGACUUUUCAUUACGGUUUAUUAUAUAUGAUAAUUGUUACAAACAACGAAACAUAUAUUAUAAAUAAUAUGUGGUUAAUUAUAAAAAAAAAUUAUUUUCCUGUCAAGCUGCUUUGUACAGAAAAACUUCUAAUUGUUCACUUAAUGUGCCUACAAACUUUCAAGUAAAUCAUAUUUCUUAAACUGUCUUGGAAAAAAUGGGAUCACUUUUGUCGAUACCUUGCUCAAAUAAUGUGUGAAAGAAUUAACUGUGUACCACGCAACUGCAUGUGUUUGUUAAUUUUCCAUUACAUAAUAGCAAAAUUAUGUUCAACUUGAAAUUUGGUGUUAAUAAAUAGUGCAAAGCACCACAAGUACAUUUAUAGAAAGAAAAAAAACUAACAAAUAGCACAGACCGUUAAUAAUUGUAACACUUCUUCCUUGUCAAUUUCAAUUGUUAAUGAAAGUUUCCAAAAAUUAAUAUGUGACUGUAUAUAUGUCGGAUUCCAAUAAUAAAGUGGAAUUUAGAUUUUCAACGAA